AUGCAAAUUUUUGUCAAGACUUUAACUGGUAAAACUAUUACCUUAGAAGUUGAAUCUUCUGAUACUAUUGACAAUGUUAAAUCGAAAAUCCAAGACAAAGAAGGUAUUCCACCAGAUCAACAAAGAUUAAUUUUUGCUGGUAAGCAAUUAGAAGAUGGUAGAACUCUUUCUGAUUACAACAUUCAAAAGGAGUCCACUUUGCAUUUGGUUCUCAGAUUGAGAGGUGGUAUGCAAAUUUUCGUUAAAACCCUUACUGGUAAAACUAUUACCUUAGAAGUUGAAUCUUCUGAUACUAUUGACAAUGUUAAAUCGAAAAUCCAAGACAAGGAAGGUAUUCCACCAGAUCAACAAAGAUUAAUUUUUGCUGGUAAGCAAUUAGAAGAUGGUAGAACUCUUUCUGAUUACAACAUUCAAAAGGAGUCCACUUUGCAUUUGGUUCUCAGAUUGAGAGGUGGUAUGCAAAUUUUCGUUAAAACCCUUACUGGUAAAACUAUUACCUUAGAAGUUGAAUCUUCUGAUACUAUUGACAAUGUUAAAUCGAAAAUCCAAGACAAGGAAGGUAUUCCACCAGAUCAACAAAGAUUAAUUUUUGCUGGUAAGCAAUUAGAAGAUGGCAGAACUCUUUCUGAUUACAACAUUCAAAAGGAGUCCACUUUGCAUUUGGUUCUCAGAUUAAGAGGUGGUUUGUAUUGA